AUGGAUGAAGACGUCCAGGUCAUAUCUCCCUCGGAGCAUGGGUCCAAGCGCCGAGUUUCAUACUAUUAUGAUAGUGACGUUGGCCUCUACUCCUACGGCGGAGCCCACCCAAUGAAACCCUACCGCAUGCGGAUGACACACCACCUGGUCGCUGCCUACGAUAUGCUUCAGAGAAUGGAUGUAUUCCGACCCCGUAGAGCCAGCCAGCUUGAUAUGACUCGGUUUCAUACAGACGAAUACAUCGACUUUCUCGGCAAAGUCUCUCCCGAAACGGCUGAGGAGCUGACGGGGAACGGCACUCGAUUUCUUGUUGGUGAAGAUAAUCCAGCGUGGGAUGGGUUAUUCGAGUUUUGUUCUAUUUCAGCUGGCGGAUCAAUAAGUGCCGCACAACGACUUAACUCUGGCGCUGCCGACAUUGCUAUCAACUGGGCCGGCGGUCUCCAUCAUGCAAAGAAGCGAGAGGCCUCUGGUUUCUGCUACGUUAACGACAUUGUCCUUGGCAUUCUUGAACUCUUGCGACAAUUUCCCCGGGUACUGUACAUUGACAUCGACUGUCAUCAUGGUGAUGGCGUGGAAGAGGCUUUCUACACAACCGACCGCGUUUUUACUUGCUCAAUCCACAAGCAAGUUAACUUCUUCCCGGGAACUGGUGAUGUCCAUGACCGGGGCUACGGUCCUGGAAAGGGAUAUACGGCCAACAUUCCACUAAUGAAUGGCAUAUCCGACGAACAGUAUGCAUCCGUGUUCCAGCCUGUUAUUCGCCACAUCAUUGAGUGGUACCGACCGGGAGCUAUCAUCCUGCAAUGCGGCGCAGACUCUUUAUCUGGUGAUAAACUUGGCGUUUUCAAUUUAAGUAUGGAGGGACAUGCCGCUUGUGCUCAAUUUGUACGGUCCUUCAAUAUACCUACGAUACUUCUAGGCGGUGGCGGGUACACAACCAAGAACGUUGCUCGUGCAUGGACCUACGAAACCGCAUGUGCGCUUGGAAUUGAACACGAAAUUCCACGAAUGCUUCCCUAUACCGACCACCUCGAGUGGUAUGGGCCCCGGUAUCGUCUUGACGUAGAAAGUAGCAAUAUGCAGAAUGACAAUGAUACCGCUUACCUAGAGGGUGUCAAACGCAAGGUUUUAGAGGGGCUCAGAGAUCUACCUUUUGCCCCAAGCGUUGGUCUCCAAGAUGUUCCGAGAAUGGAUGUUGGAGAAGCCAUUGGGCUGGUUGAUGAAGAGGAUGAAGAGAGCGAGAUGGACGAAAUUGAUUUGCGGUUGUCUCACCAUGUCCGAAACGCUCACACCGUUCGCUCGAGCUCCACUUCGUCAUCGGGAGAAGAGCAAUCUUAUUCAUCUGGGGAUGAAGCUCCGGAGAGUAGUCGAACUCCUCGCAGUCGGCCAGGGAAUACAAACCGGACUGCCCCAAAACGUAUAUUCUUUAGGCGAGAAACUGAUGUUAUUUGGAACUCACAUUUGAGGUCGGGUCUUGGGGUUGGCGCAGCACAACAUGCGUGGGAUGACGAAGAGGUAGAGUCAAAUGUCCGGGCAGUCGAAAACUCAUUUGUGGACUUGGGGAUGGGCCGUAAGCGAAGAUACGACGUUGGCAUAAUGGACUCCUGGAAGCCUGGCCCAGACGACAGUCCUUGA